GCCUAGCUGGGAAAUAAUUAGUUACUUCGACAGCAUGAAGCUGAUUGGUUUAGUGAUUUUGGGGUGCCUUAUCUCUGCGCAGGCGUACCCAACUUUGGGGCCUGUCGGUCUCGCCGCUGGCGUAGCAACAGAGGUGUCCCUCGGAGCUGGCAUAGCAACAGAGGUGGCCGGUUCUGGAGCUGCAACUGCAGCAGUUGGCGCAUCCCUUGCUACAGGUGCAACUCUAGGAAAUGGAAUAACUGGUACCGGACUUGCUAACGGAAUUGUGGGCCAUGGAAUCUCUGUUGAUGUGUUCAUCAGCACAUUGCAAACAGCUUUUGGGUCGGUGAAAACUAGUGACAGUGCCGUUUGUGUUGGAUUGACUGCAGCAUUCCAAGUAGCGCUAGAAACUUGCAGGGGCAAAGAAGCAUUUAUCAAUGAUGCCUUCCUCACAGCGUUCAAGACGGCCUUAGCCGCGAAAAAGGCGAAAGAAGAAUUAGUUUUCCAUCACUUUAUCGGCGCUUUUAGAACUGCUGUCGAAGUCGCGAAGGUCAAGGAAUGCCUGAUCUCUGAAGCGUUCUUGACUUCUUUCAAAUUAGCAUUGCAAGCAGAGAAGACUGUUUCGGGUGUCGGUUUUCUAGAUGCGUUUAAUUCUGGUUUCUGGCCUGGUGGUAUUUUCCAAGGAAGCCCCGUUGAUAAGGGAUUUUCGGUGGACGUUUUCGUGAAAACUAUGGUUUCCAUCUUUGGGGCUAAAGAUGGUCUCAUAACUGAUGUUUUAAUCCAGAAGUCACUUACAACGUUUGGUCAAUGUAAAGGUCUACCGUCUACAUUUGUGCCAGCUUGGAAAAAGGCGUUUGAUUCAUGUAUAGGCGUAGGAAGUUCAGUUUCUUUGGACGUUUUUGUAUCUGCUUUUAAGAAGUCCUCCGGUUGGAAAUCAGUGCCUAUUGAAUGCUUAAAGGCAAUAAAAUCUCCAGAAAAUGUUGGUGCGUUCCCAGAUGGAGGAGUAGACAAACUUAAAUCAGCUUUUCCAGCACUGGAUGGAUUAAAACCUAAUCUUUCCACACCCGGUGACGAUGCUGAUUCUCCUGAUGCUGAACCAGCUGGUCCGGGUUCUAAUCCUAAUUCACCAAAUAGUCCUGAAAGCACUCCGGACCUUGGUGAUUCUUCACCAACAAACCCCGAGUCUCCUGAUUCAGCAUUGCCCAGUGACGAUGGUUCACUGUCAAAUACUCCAGCAUCUGGUGAUGAUGGUUCACCAUCUAAUAGUCCGAAACCUGGUGAUGACACUGUAACUGAUGCUAAAUCGGAAGCCGGUAGCGCUGCUCUAGCUGGAAAAUCUGGAGCUGUUGCUAAAUCAGGAGCAGGCAGUGCUGCAAAAGCUGGAAAAGAUGGAGCUGUGGCUAAAUCGGGAGCAAACAGUGUUGCACAAGCUGGAAAAGAUGGAGCUGUUGCUAAAUCGGAAGCAGGUAGUGCUGCUCAAGCUGGAAAAGAUGGAGCUGUUGCUAAAUCAGUAGCAGGUAGUACUGCACAAGCCGGAAAAGAUGGAGCUGUUGCAAAAUCAGUAGCAGGUAGUGCUGCACAAGCUGGAAAAGAUGGAGCUGUUGCAAAAUCGGUAGCAGGUAGUGCUGCAAAAACUGGUAAAGAUGGAGCUGUUGCUAAAACAGGAGCAACCAGUGCUGCACAAGCUGGAAAAGAUGGAUCUGUCGCUAAAUCAGAAGCAGGUAGUGCUGCUCAAGCUGGAAAAGAUGGAGCUGUUGCUAAAUCAGUUGCAGGUAGUGCUGCAAAAGCUGGAAAAGGUGGAGCUGCUGCUACAUCAGUGGCAGGUAGUGCGGCAACGGUUGGAAAAGAUGGAAGCACCGCUGUAGCUGCCAGUGCCGCGUCUGCAGUGUCUGAUGGUUCUGGUGGUACGGCUGCUGCAACAGCAACCAGCGUGGCAGCUUCUGGAAAAAAUGGUUCCGCAGGCGGAGAUAGCACGCCAGAGCCUUGUGGUGACUCAACACCCGGGAAUUCUGGUCCAGGUGGCGUAGUCGGUGGACUUGUAGCACAGAAGAAAGCUGGGAUUGCGUUAGGCGUAAACUUAGCAACAAGUCUCACCGGCUAAUCCUUUUAUUAAAUAUAUGAAUUAUUUGAC